AUGAUACCCGCCUACACUGCGACCUGGACCAAUGAGUGGCUCUAAAAGUACUUCUGUGAGACCUUUAUUGAGACUUUUAUUUUGGCUGGCACGCAGCCGAAUUUAGCUCGUGAGAAAAGUCUGGCUCAUUUCAUAGGCUUUUUAUUAUUUUUUUAAUUCAAUAUGGACCGACCCAGCCUUCGGAGAUUAUUUUCUGCUUGUGAUGUAAACAAGUCUGGUAAAAUAGAGUUCGAGGAUUUCACCGUUGUCUGCCGGGAGCUCAACGUGUCCGAAGCCGAGAUCAAAACUCUGUUCAACAAGUUCGACGCGGACGAGAACGGAUACAUCGACUACAGCGUGUUUUCCUCCAGGUUUCAGCAGGUUUCAGAGACUCUGGACCUGGCGUCUUUUGGCGCUGGGUCGUCCCAAAACCAAUGUUGUCCGUGGGAAGAGUUUGCAGGCAGAAUAGAUGUGGAGUCGCAACUCUCUGAAAGUCUCAGGGAGCAGCUGGCUGAUCUUUACCAGGCCAUUCACUCCUCUGCAAACACAACUCUGCUGCAGCAGUAUGAGGAAGUCAUCCAGUCUCUGAUCAGUGAAAGCCUGGACAACAGACUAGAGUAUGAACAGCUGGAAACCAGUAUAAAGCGAGCUGAAGAGAUGAACAACAGUCAGUUGGCAGAACUGGAGGACGAUAUACAGCAGCAGCUUGCCAGAACAGAGGAGAGGGUGAGGGACGAGGAGCGUAGGAAAAUGGAAGAGGUUAUGAUGACCAUGCAGAGGAAGCACAAGAACGAGGUCACAGACCUGCAUGCAACUGUAGACAGACUGUUAAAGAGCCAAGAGGACUCUGAAAUUAACCAUUCAAGGGAGGAGGUGGUCAGACUGAACACACAGAUCAGGGAUCUCUCACUGGAAAAUGAGGAGCUGCGAGCCUCUCUGCUGCAAGCCCAAACGAACAUUGCCAUCCUGCACUCAGAGCUGGACAAGCUGAAGAACGUGUAUGCAGACCACAAAGCUCAACAUGAAAGAGAAACUGAGGAAUUGAAGAGGAUGGUUAUGGAAUACCAGUCAUAUUCCAAUCAGAUUCAGAUUCUCCAGGAAACAAACAAAAAGCUGUACGACAGUAACGACGGGCUGCGCUCUGCCUUGGCCACUGAAGCGGUUGCAGCUAAACGGAGGCUGUCUCCCCAAAAUGAAAUCCCAGCCCGGAGAAUGAAGCCCCUUCGACAGAGCACACUCAACCAUGGCAGCUCUGAGCUGGAUGCCAACAAAACUACCUACUCUCAUGUGGCCACUUGGGCUGAUAAGUACCUGGACAGUGGAGUCUCGCUGCCGAUGGACACGGCCGAGAGCUCAGGCAGUGAUUACGACAGCGACGACAGUAAGCAGUCGGUGGAAACUGUGCAUCACAGCUACUCGUGUGUCCCAUCUGAUGUGGAGAUAUCAGAAGUGAAAUCUGAAGCUGCAGCGUCGAUGGCUCCUAGCAAGGCGAGCUCUAUGGCAUCAUCCUUACGAAGACGCUUGUCUGCAUUUUCCACAAAGCCUUUAGAAGCAGACAUAGAAGAAACCGAAGAACCUGUUCCGAUGUACCGACUGGUGUUAGCCGGAGACGCAGGAGCUGGAAAAUCCAGCUUCCUGCUGAGACUGACGCUCAACGAAUUCAGGGGAGACAUUCAGACAACGCUGGGAGUUGACUUCCAAGUUAAAAGGAUGCUUGUGGAUGGAGAGAAGACGAGCUUGCAGAUAUGGGACACAGCCGGCCAGGAGAGGUUCCGUAGUAUUGCCAGGUCGUAUUUCCGCAAAGCUCACGGAGUCUUACUCCUCUACGAUGUUACUUCAGAAAGCAGCUUCCUUAACGUCAGGGCGUGGGUGGAUCAGAUUCAGGAUUCAACAGACGAGAAAAUCCCCAUGUGUGUUAUUGGAAACAAGGUGGACCUCAGAGACCAGCUUCCAAAGGGGAGAUGUGUGAGCAGUUUGCAUGGAGAGAAGUUGGCCAAGGCAUACGGCGCCUUGUUCUGUGAGACGAGUGCCAAAGAGGGAACCAACGUUGUGGAGACGGUGCUUCAUCUAGCAAGAGAAGUGAAGAAAAAUGUCACACUGAGGCGGCAGUCAGAUUCUCAGGUCAGACUGAGUCAAUCCAACCCAAAGAAGACGCUCAAUGCCUGCUGUGGACUGUAGAUCAUUCGUAUCAAUAGAUACCAUGGAACGAUGAAGGAAGUGAUUUUUAUAUUUUGUGAUGAACAGAAUUGCCUUACUCUUUUUAACCUUUGGAAUAUUAACUCUUCAG